AUGAAGAAUGGAAACCAGUCCCUUUGCACUAAGUUCACAUUUGUGGCUUUUUCCUCUCUAGCAGAGCUCCAACUCAUACUCUUCACUGUGUUCUUAAUCAUCUACUUAUUUACUGUAGGAGGAAACCUCAUCAUCAUCUGUGUGAUCCUGGCCACCUCUUCCCUGCACACUCCCAUGUAUUUCUUCCUGGUGAAUCUCUCCUUUUUGGAGAUGUGCUAUAUCACCAGUGUGGUGCCUCAGAUGCUGGUGCACCUUCUCGUGGAGCCCAAGACUAUAAGUGUGGAAGGCUGUGCAGCACAGAUGUAUGUAUUUGCCAUCCUGGUACUGACAGAAUGCUGCCUAUUGGCAGCCAUGUCUUAUGACCGCUUCAUAGCUAUUUGCUACCCACUACAUUACACUCUCCUGAUGGGCCCUCAGGUUUGUUUGAUAUUGGCUGCAUCAUCGUGGAUCACUGGAGUGGUGGUGGAGUCUGCCCAAAUCACCUGGAUCUUCACUCUGCCCUUCUGUGGAACAGGAAAAAUUCAGCACUUUUUUUGUGACAUCAUGCCUGUUGUGAAACUGGCUUGUGUUGACACAUCCCACAAUGAGAUUGUGUUGUUUGCUGUUUCCCUGAUCUUCAUCAUGAGUCCCUGUCUCCUGGUUCUGUGCUUUUAUAUAUGCAUUUUUGUCACCAUCUGGAGAAUCCCUUCAGCAGCUGGCAGACACAAAACUUUUUCCAGGUGUUCCUCUCAUGUUCUGGUUGUUUCUCUCUUCUAUGGCACAGCCUUAUUCACUUAUCUCCAACCCAAGAGUGCACACACUCCAGACACAGACAAAGUAACUGCACUCAUGUACACAGUGGUCACACCAGCUCUAAAUCCUGUUAUCUAUACUUUGAGGAACAAGGAAGUGAAGGAAGCCUUUCGAAAGCCAACUAAUGGAAAUGUCCUCAGAUACAGUGAAUUGAAAUUUUGGCGACUGGAAAGCAUAUGGUUUCGAACCUUGGAAAUU